UGGCCUCUUUAGAGUUACCGAAGUUUCCAAGGAGCCUUCCCUGUCUGGGCAGGACACACCUUUCAAAUAAGACCCCCGGAACUGUGCUCUUCACAUCCCAAACGGUGUUUCCCCUGGGCCCUCCCUCGCCUCUUUCUCCGGGGACCGCUUGGUUUUAGCCUCUCCCCAGAGAGAGUGAGCAUCUUCGAGGACUCCCGCCCUUAGCUGCUCCACUCCCGGAUGGAGCCAGGGAAAUGUGGUGGGGGGGCCGGGGCCAGAGUUUCAACAUUGCCCCCCAGAAAGAGGAGCCAGAAAUAGGGUUCUCUGGACCGAAGUCUGACGCAGGCCACAGGAUGCCGGAGCACAGCAGUCAUCAGCUUGGUGAUUGCCUGGCCUCUGGUUGCCUCCCAGGGGAGAAGAUCCUAGCGUGGGCACCAGGGCUGCGGAAAGGGCGAGAACUGGAGCUGUCUGGAACUCUGAUAUGCACCAACUUUAGGGUCACCUUCCAACCUGGUGGAUGGCAGCGAAAUCAGGAUACUCCCCUGAGCAGUGACCAUGAUUUUUCCCUGGUCAACAUUGGGCGGUUAGAGGCUGUGAGUGGCUUGUCCAGGGUGCAGCUCCUCCGCCCGGGGGCCCAGCUGAAGUUCAUCCCAGAGGAGAUUCUCAUUCACGGUCGAGACUUCCGUCUGCUUAGAGUUGGUUUUGAAGCUGGAGGGUUAGGGCCUCAGGCCUUUCAGGUAACCAUGGCCAUCGUUCAAGCCAGAGCUCAGAGUAGUCAAAUCCAGCAGUAUAGAGGAAUAAUCAUGAGCAAAAUUGGCAAGGUUUCUGGCUCCAGAAAACCACCUAUUCCUCUCUUGGAGACUUUAGAAGACUGGGAAGCUGAGCGGAAGCAGCAGGGGGCCCGAGGCUGGAGGGUCAGCACAGUCAAUGAGAGAUUCGAUAUAGCCACCAGCCUCUCGGGUUACUUCUGGGUCCCUAAUCGAAUUCUGGACAGUGAGGUCAGAAGAGCAUUUGCCCACUUCCAUCAGGGCCGUGGACCGCGCCUGUCCUGGCACCACCCUGGCGGCAGUGACCUUCUCCGAUGUGGAGGCUUCUAUGUAGCCAGUGACCCUAACAAAGAAGAUAUCAGAGCAGUGGAGUCAAUGCUCCAGGCUGGGCACUCUGAUGUUGUCUUGGUAGAUACUAUGGAUGAGAUGCCUAGUCUUGCUGAUAUCCAACUUGCCCACUUGAAGCUGAGGGCCCUUUGCCUGCCUGAUUCAUCUACAGCUGAGGAGAAGUGGUUCUCAGCCUUGGAAGGAACACGAUGGUUGGACUAUGUCAGGUCUUGUCUUCGAAAGGCCAGCGACAUCUCAGUACUAGUGACAUCCCGAGUCCGUUCUGUAGUUCUUCAAGAGCGUGGUGACCGUGAUCUCAAUGGCCUCCUCUCUUCACUCGUCCAGCUGCUUUCGGCCCCCGAAGCCCGGACACUGUUUGGUUUCCAGUCAUUAGUGCAACGAGAGUGGGUAGCGGCGGGACACCCCUUCCUGACGAGGCUUGGGGACACCGGGGCCAGUGAGGAGGCCGCAGUGUUUCCUCUUUUCCUGGACUGUGUCUGGCAGCUCCUCCAGAAGUUUCCAGCUGAAUUUGAAUUCUCUGAGUUUUUCCUUCUCGCUCUGCACGACAGCAUCUGGGUUCCCGACACCCUCACCUUCCUGAGAAAUACUCCCUGGGAGCGUGGGAAGAAGAGUGGACAGUUCAACUCCUACACACAAGUUUACACCCCUGAGUACUCCCAGCCUCUCGAUGGGAGCUCUGCAGAUCUACAUCUGUCUGUCUGGGACUGGGAUUUACGCUACAGCAAGGAACAGAUAUCACAGUUCCUUAAUCCUGGCUACAAUCCGGAGCAUUGCCCAGGUUCCUGGCUCCCUAGGCAACAGCCAAGCUUCAUGGUUCCUGGACCCCCCAGUUCUGUGUGGCUGUUCUCUAGAGGGGCCCUGACAGCCCUGAAUCAGCUCUGUCCUUGGCAAGACAGCCCCUCCUUGCUGGCAGUCUCUUCUCAUUGGCUCCCUCGACCUGCUAGAUCCUCUGAAAGCCUAGCUGAUCAGGAAUGGGGGCUCCCCUCACAUUGGGGAGCUUGCCCUCUACCUCCUGGGCUACUGCUGCCUGGAUAUCUGGGACCUCAGAUCAGGUUCUGGAAACGCUGUUACCUGAGGGGAAGGCCUGAGGUCCAGACUGGCUCCUCAGCUCUUACAGUCUCUGGCCUCCAGGAUGAGCUCUCUUGUCUUCAGGAACUAUUAAGAAAAUUGACACCAAGAGUAUCUCCUGAGGAUCGCUGCAAGAGAAGAGAUCCAAACACCAUCCUCUCUCAGAUCCGCUGAAACUGCUGGCAUUCUCCAGGGCAGGGCGGAGGGGGUGUGGAGGGGGCUCUGCUAAUCUCUUUCUAUCUGACCUUGGCGUUCAGCUUUCCCAUCCCAGCCCACAGAGGAGCUCACUCAGAGCGUGAGUUUCUAUCAUCCGUGUGGCUCCCACCUCCAGCUCUCCCGUCUGGUUUGGUUCCUGGAGCUAUUUUUGUUUCUCUUGAUUUAAAGAGUAAGAAACAAAACCAAUUUAGAGUAUGGCUGCCUUUUUUCCCAGGCAAUUCUGUACCUUUUAGAUGACAAACUGUCAAAACUCUGAGGUCAGAGACACUUUUCAUCAUUCCCAACAAGAUGUCCUAGAGACCUCAUUCUCAGCCCCUCACCGCUGCUUUGAAAUCCAGUCCCUUAGUCUUCUGUGGGAAUGAGGUGAAUAAGGGAGACACCCUCUCCUCCCACCGUGUAUUUUUGUAGUGGUAUUUCUAUUUAAGGAAUUCAUUAAAGCACAGUAUUUCUACACAUUGCUGGUAUUGU